AUGGAUAAAAAGGACACAGCGAUACAACCUGGCAGGUACACAUCAAAGCACCCUUAUGUGACGGUUCAGCUUCCACGUCGCAUUCUCCAAGAGCCAGCAUUAAAGGAACUCGCUGACCGUCUUCGGAUAUUCAAUAACGAAUUUCGGUGGUCGCAGCAGUGCUGCGCUCUGCUAACCCGCCAGGCGAUCUGUUUGAGUUCCGGAUCUCGAGAGACUGCGAGACGGGCGCGAGCUUCACACCGUCGUCAGGUAGCUGCCGCACAAAGGGAAGCCUUCACGCCUCCACCACAUGCAGUGGUGCACUGGAAUGGUAAGCUGGUUAAGAACGUCGUGGGAGAAGAAGAACACCGACAGGCCAUCUUCAUCUCAGGGCGCGGCCAUGAGGAAGGGAAGCUGCUUGCUGUCUUGCCAGUGAAGGACGGCACUGGCCUGACCCAGGCACGCGCAACAGCUCGUGCUAUCGAGGACUGGAGCUGCGCUUCAAACGUCAAGGCACUGUGCUUUGAUACAAUGUCGUCCAACACAGGGCGAGUCCAAGGUGCGGUUGUCCAUCUGGAGGCGCUGCUGGAAAAACAGCUGUUGAGGCUUGGGUGCAGACACCACGUCAUGGAACUGGUGGUGAGAGCCGCUGCCAGCAACAUCUUCGGCAAAACAUCGGCCCCUACGGACCCUCUCUUCCAGACUCUUAAGAAAAGGUGGAGUCAACUAGAUCACUCUCAGUAUCUCAGGCUGGACAUUGCAAAUCUACCAGAGUCUGACUGGCUCAGUCACCUCCGACACAGGACCGUUAGCUACCUGCUGACCGUCACAGAAUGGGCCAGAGAGGAUUACCAAGAAGCGGCAGAACUAACGCUCCUCGUCCUCGGUGUGAAUCCUCUCGAGAAGUUGAGUGCGGCAGAGAAAAAGGAGAUGGCGACCAAAUUGAGCUGCCUAGAAGAAACGAACGACUACGCCAACGACAACUUGGUCAUCCAACAGACUACACGGCUUUCCGACCUGAUAGAUGAACGUUCAUGGAUGAUCUUCAAGGAGCAUCAUGUGUGCGGCACAGCAUGGCUGAUGUCACCGGUGGAAGACUGGGAGAAAAACGAAGAGUUCAUGAAGCUGAAAGAUUUCUCCAGAAGCCUGAAGGUAACCAAUGACGUGGCCGAAAGGAGAAUAAAGCUUAUGCAGGACUUCAUUGGUUCAGUCACGAAGGAUGAGCAGCAGCUGCAGGAU